AUGGCGUCGAAGAAAGAACUAGUAGUCAUAGCUGCAAUGCUUUUGGAAUUGCUGGAAGAUGACGAGGAGGUUAAAGAAAAGAAACGUAUUUGGAGACGGCACUGGCUUCUAGAGAGAAAAAACAAAGGUUAUUUCGGUCAGCUUCUUCCCGAUCUGGCUGCCCACGACACACCAGGAUUUAAAAAAUUUAUGCAAAUGGUUUUGAUCAUUUCAAAAAGAUAGUUGAUAAUCUAUCUGAAACGCUUUACAAGAAAUACACAAUAAUGCGUGAAUCAAUCAAGCCAGCAGAAAUGUGUUGUUUAACGCUUCGAUAUUUGGCAGCGCUGCAGCACGCUGUCCGUACAGAAGCGAAUUUCAUUGGCUAUCUUAAAAUAGCCCAUGCGUUUCCUGCUCAAACAAUGCCUGGGUAAUUCGAUAUUUUCGGCAAUCGUUGCCGAAAGUUCAAGCAUUUCAACUUUCCGUAACGAUUGCCGAGAAUAUCGGGUUGCAAUUGCGUUACCGCGCCUGAUAUGUUACACGGGCAAUUUCAUCACUCGCGCGAGUAACGCAAUGAAAUUUAACCAGUUGCGUUGCCGGCGCGAGAAAAAAAUCGCAUGUGUAACUGGACCUUAAUUUUUCAGAGCACUUUUGAUGUACGUUAUGAAACUUUAGGAAAUAUACCUUACGACUUUAUGAAAUGUAGUACCAAAACUUCAAAAUUCAGUGGCUUAGUUUCUUUGUAAUGUUUUUUUUAUUGAAGGUAAAACGUCAGCCGCGCAGAUACUAACUUCACUCAUAAAAAAGGAACCGGACCAGCAAAGGUCUGCCACCAUAACCAAAGAAGGUAUAACAGUCGUCUUUUUCUUGACAACAUUCGUAUAGUAACAAACGCACAAGGGCACAACACUGGCCCCAGACAUUUAGUUUACCACAUACUUUUCUUCAUUUACAUCAUUAUUUUUUACAAUAGGGAAUGCCAUCGGGCAAAUGAAGGUCACCGAUAAGCCUUCUGUUGACUUAACAGAUUUCAGUGACAACGAUUGUGCAAUGGUAAGUUACCGAAAACCAAUCCACUGAUUAACCAUCAAACGCCUAGUCACAUGGCCGUAUGUCUAAAUGGAAUCAGGCAAAUACAUCUAUACACUGUAAAUUUCAAGGAGUUGAAAUAACUUCAAAAGUGUUAUUCUAUGAUGAUAACAAUCUUUAUUCAGGAGGCAUUCUCACAGAAGUGAUUUUCAGAAUGGACCUGUACUAUAGAACUAGUAUUAUACAAAGUGAAAAAUAUUAUAUCUAAUCUAUUUACAUGUGGUCAAAAGUAAAAAUAUCAUAAAUUAUCUAUCAUUACAAUAGUAUACUUGCUGAACUGGUAAAAGUUUAAAAGUUUAAAAGUCGAGAAGAACAAUAGUACAUCAUGGCCGACAGUCAAAAACUUUGGAUUUAAAUUGAGAUAUUGUCUGGGCAUUUUGACAAUCCGACUCAAGGUUGUUAUAGUCAUACACAGCAUGAUAAGUGACUUUAUGUUUACCCCAAUUUGACCUUGUCUUGGGUAAAUGAAGAAAGCAACUCUGUCGAGUAUUAUAAUUAUGAAUACUGCUAUUAUAUACUAGAUUAAAGUCAAAGUUUAUGUGAUUAUUUAAACAUUUAAAAAUUAAGAUGCAUCGAUGGGCACGUCUUCUUUCACUCAGUCGUUUCCAUUUUAAAGUUGACAGAGCCUCUGUUGACGAAAAGGAUAUUGGUUUGUUCAAUAUAAUUUUUGCUGCUUUACUUUGUUGGACUUGUAAAUCGUUCAUCAAUGAUAUAUUGUUUUUGUCACCCCAUAUCACAUCCCCAUAGUCAAAUAAAGGGAGAACAAGGCAACUAAAGAGUGUCAGUCGGGAAUCAGUUGGUAACAAAUGUUUGAUUCUCUUAAGCGGGCCCAAUCGCUGGUUUGUUUUCGAAAUAAUAUUCUCGAUAUGGUUGCUCCACGACAAAUCUUCAUUGAAAGUCACCCCAAGAUAUUUCAACGAAUUCACACGUCCGACUGCCUGAUUAUUCACUUUUAUGGAGAUGCUAUUAAAUGAUUUAAGCCGUUGUUUACUUCCAAACAGAAGGAGUUUUGACUUCUCACAGUUAAGCGUAAGCAAAUUGGAUGAAAGCCAUUCCGCAACUGAUUGAAGGUCUUCGUUUAGAAAAGUUUCAACUUCAUUAGCCGUUUUUGCAGAAACAUAAAUCAAAGUAUCGUCCGCGUAAAGUAUGACUUUGCAAUGUUUAAUACAGUGCUGGAAAUCAUUCACAUAGACCAGGAAUAGCAACGGUCCCAAUAUGCUCCCUUGAUAUAUGGUCCCAAUAUGCUCCCUUGUUUGGUGACAGAAUAACACUUUUUGGAGUCGAUUCAACUCCUUAAAGUUUACAGUGUAUUUUCCAAUAAAUUAUGGUGAAAAAUUAACGAAAACCAUUAAAUAGUGACAAAUACUUAUAUACUUCCUACAAUUUUAUAGGAUCCUUACACGAAAUUUCUGACUAGUUUUCCGGAUAGAAUAGUUGGGCGACAAAGCGAAAGCAGAAACAAAAAGUUUAGAACGGUCAGUUCUUAACAAUUAAACGAAACCUUUUUCGAUAUUGUGGAGAUCAUGCAGGCAAAAAUCAAUAUAUCUUAAUAAAAUACAUUAACAGAAUUUAAAUGAAAACGAAGAUGAUAAUAAUCGGUCAUCUGAAAAGCGAAAGGACUCCAGUCAGGGAAUCGACGAUGAAG